GGCGGCUAUUGACAGCUCUUCCGCGUAAUCUUGGCGUCUUGUGAGAAUUGAGUUUACGUUUUGGCGUCUGGGAGGGUUGUUGACGACAUGGCGAGGAUCUUUCACCGCAAGGAGCGGAAUGUGGGUGUUUACUGACAGCUUUACUGACAGCUUUCCCCGCGUUUUUGGAGCUGGUGAGGGUGAGAGCUGACCUCUAUCCUGGGACACUUCCCCGCAAAGUGGUAUCCUUGCAAAGGCCCUCCCUUACCCUCCCCCGCAAAGGGAGCGUCAUUUGAUGGGUUUAGAUUUGGAGAGGCUAGGACGUUAGGGGAAUGGUUUGUUUGUUUCUGGGUAGGAGGCGCAAGAAUACUAGGUAUCAAUGGCUGUGAGAGUCAAUUGCCAAUGUUGGAUUGGGUGAGUAUAUGUAUUCCAUAGUUUCUCAUUUCUAAGAUGAUUAUUGAACAGCCUCACACAAGCAUCUCGUCGCAAAGAACAAUAUAGGCAUCAUGAAACUCCUCGCUAGGCUCUCGCUCCUGGCUAUCAUCCCGUCUUCGUUAGCGGUUCCAACAAAUGACAAUCAGAUCGCCAGCAGAGAUGUCGUUCUUAACGCCCUCCCUAUGCUCAAGCCACAGCGUUCGCUGUCCAGAGAUCUCGUUAACCUAGAUGGACUGUGGAAAUUCUCCGUUGCAACCAGCGCCAACAGCACCGCCCAGCCUUGGACUGGGCCAUUGGUCACCGACCUGGAAUGCCCGGUCCCAGCUUCCUACAACGACAUCUUCGUCGACCGCGCGAUCCACGACCAUGUCGGAUGGGUCUACUACCAGCGGGAUGUGAUUGUCCCCAAGGGCUGGUCAGGAGAGCAGUACUUUGUGCGCGCCGAAUCCGCUACCCACGAAGGCCAGAUCUAUGUCAAUGACCGUCUCGUCGCUCAUCAUGUGGGCGGUUACACUCCAUUCGAGGCUGAUGUGACCGAUCUUGUGACUGCGGGCCAGCAGUUCCGUCUUACCAUCGCGGUCAACAACAUUCUCACGUUUGAGACUCUCCCGCCUGGAAAGGUGAUGACCAGCGCGUUGACGGGAAAGAGAACGCAGAAGUACUAUCAUGACUUUUACAACUAUGCGGGCUUGGCUCGCUCGGUCUGGCUGUACUCUGUGCCUAAGCAGCAUAUCCAGGACAUCACUGUUGUCACGGAUUAUAAGGGAAACACCGGCAUGAUCAACUACAACAUCACCGUUGCUAAGGGGACAACUAGAAAGGUCCAAAUCGCUGUCAUCGACGAGAGCGGGAAGACCGUUGCCGAAGGCUCAGGGGCUACCGGAACCAUCAAUAUCCCCUCGGUGAAGCUCUGGCAACCCGGAGCAGCAUACCUCUACAACUUCCGCGCCAGCAUCGUUGACUCUUCUAAGAAGACCCUGGACACCUACAACCUCGCGACCGGCAUUCGCACCGUCGUGGUCAAGAACACCCAAUUCCUCAUCAACGGCAAGCCCUUCUACUUUACUGGCUUCGGCAAGCACGAGGACACCAACGUCCGCGGCAAAGGCCACGAUCAAGCUUACAUGGUCCACGACUUCCAGCUCCUGAACUGGAUCGGCGCUAACUCCUUCCGCACCUCCCACUACCCCUACACCGAGGAGAUGAUGGAGUACGCCGACCGCCGCGGCAUCGUGGUCAUUGACGAAACCCCCGCCGUGGGACUUAACUUCGGUUUGGGCACCCCGGGCAGCGUGACCUUUGGCCCGGACCUCAUUAACAACAAGACCCAAGCCGCGCACGCGCAGGCCAUCCGCGAGCUCUUCCACAGAGACAAGAACCACGCCAGCGUCGUCAUGUGGUCCAUCGCCAACGAGCCCGCGUCCGACGACAAGGGCGCGAGGGCCUACUUCGAGCCCCUGGCAGCGCUUGCUCGCUCGCUCGACUCAAGCCGACCUAUCACCUUCGCCAACGUCUUCUUCGCGACCCACGUCACUGACAAGAUCUCCGACCUCUUCGACGUCCUCUGCCUCAACCGUUACUACGGAUGGUACACCGAGACCGGUGAGCUGGCCGAUGCCGAGGUCGCGCUCACGACCGAUUUGCAGGGCUGGGUCAAGAAAUACAACAAGCCGAUCGUGAUGACCGAGUACGGCGCUGACACUGUGUCGGGGCUGCACACCGUCCUCGGGCUGCCGUGGAGCGAGGAGUACCAGGUGGCGAUGCUGACGAUGUACCAUAGGGUGUUCGACUCGAUUAAGGCGAUGGCUGGGGAGCACGUGUGGAAUUUCGCGGACUUUCAGACGAGCAUGGGAACGGGACGCGUGGAUGGGAAUAAGAAGGGUGUGUUUACGAGGGAUAGGAGGCCAAAGGCGGCGGCGCAUGCGUUGAAGGAGAGGUGGACGAACUUGAAGAAGAAGUAGGGUGGGGCUUUAGUUGAUGUAGAUAGAUGAACUGGAUAGACGUUCGCAUAGCUCCUAUGUUGGAACAGAGAAUAUAACAGGC